AUGGCGUCGAUUCUCACGAAGAAGAAAGGGGAAUACACUUUAAAAGACAUCACGUCAUUAGGUCGGGACCUACUCUCUCCACGAACCCACACCGAUAACCUUCCUCUCCUAAUCUCCUUCAUCUCGCCGGAAUCUGAGCCUUCGGUCGUGGUGAAAUCUCUCGACUAUCUCCGUUCCUAUUUCACUCCUCUUAUCUCCGAGCUUCAUUCGACUUCUUCGCAUUCUUCUUCAACGAAAUGCCCUGGCUCCGAAGACGGCGAUGAUUCGUCAAAGACUUGGCUUAGAUCAAAUUUUGACGAGUUCGUGAAGCUUUUACUCGAUGUUCUCGUUUCUGAACAGUUCGAAGAUACUCUUAGGGAAACUGUUUUGGGAACAUUAAUGGAAAUAGUCAUUCUCCAUCCUGCAAUGCUAAAACUUCUACGCGACUUCUUAACCAAAUCAUAUGACGUUGGGGGAGUUGUCAGUGUGAUGGCUCUUAGCACCCUCUUCAUCCUCAUGACCAAAUAUGGUUUAGAAUAUCCCAACUUUUAUGAUCAACUCUCUGCGCUACUGGUUCCUUCCGUCUUUGUUGGAAAGCACCGAGCAAGAUUUCUUCAGCUUCUUGAUAAUUGCCUGAAGUCAUCAUUGCUUCCAGCAUAUAUGGCAGCUUCAUUAACAAAGAAACUAAGCAGAUUGUCACUUUCUGUUCCUCCCUCCGACUCGUUGGUUAUAAUGGCUUUGAUCUACAACCUUUUGCAAAGACAUCCUUCAAUCAACCAUCUUGCGGGAACCGAUGAAAACGCCAAUGAAGCUAUUGAACACAAUGACAGCCAACCUGAGAAAUCCGAUCCCAUGAAAAGUUUCUUUUGGGAGAUGGACACUUUGCGUCACCAUUACUACCCACCAGUUUCAAGGUUUGUUUCAUCGCUAGAAACUGAGCUAACCAUCAGAUCAAAGACCACUGAAAAGAAAAUAGAAGAUUUCAGCUCUGGUUCAUAUGCCACUAUAUUCGGGGAAGAGAUGGAAAGAAUAUCACUCCAAGUUCCUUUAGCGUUCUACGAAACGGUUCCAACAUCUCUGUUUGAGGAGUCGGAUUUUCCAGGAUGGACAUUCACCAUUCCUCAAGAGGACAGCAAAUGCUGA